CACCAAUUUAACCACUUGUAACGCUAUUACCACAGUUCGAUACAAGUGCACUGCCAAAACACAGGACAUCAAGGAACAUAUAACCCGUUGCUCUGUGGUAGUUCUGGUUUUUCUUCAAAUCAUUUAGGAUUUUUCUCAGCCGAAACGAACUCACGCUUACAGCUUCACCAUGUAUAAGUCAGUAUGGUUGUUGGUGAUGGUUGUGGCGGUGGCAUUGGCUAACCCCGACGGACCACCAACAGGGGCAAAUCCACAACUGUGUGAAACCAUGUUGCCAGGACACGGAGCAACCACCGCAUCGGGAAAAGUGCCGUUUGCCAUCAGUUUGAAUGCUGAUAAGUACGAGAAGGCGAAGUCGAUUGAUGUGAGUGUAUACGCUAAGGACGCAGCCGCGCCAUUCCGUGGAUUCUUCGUGCAAGCUCGACGAGUCGGGGGCCCGACUUAUGACGCUGUAGGCAGCUUCAUCUCCGAACCGGCCGAUGGAACGCAGUUCAUCGAAUGCGGAACGCAUAAUAGUGCUUGGGGACAUGCAGACAGGAACAAGAAGACUAGAGUCACAGCGACAUGGAUGGGUCCAAGCACUGACAUCGGCCCCCUCUUAUUCAACGCAACAGUUGUUGGCCUAAGUAAGGAAGAAUACUGGACGGAAGUCUUGUCAGCGGAGAUCACAUUUGGAAGUGCGAAUGGUGUUAGAAGUCAAGGCAUGCUUCUAUCUGCGAUGGUCUUGUUGGCAUACGUGGUGCGGAAGUGAAUCGGUGUUUCAUGAAAUCGAGGUCUUCCAUGGAAAAGUUCACAGGAUUUGUGAAUAACUUUGUCUUCAACUUUGAAUUUGCUAGUCACUGUUGUAAAAUAAUCUGAAUUUACCAAAAUCCUACGAUUAUAUAAUAUUUUCUCAUGGCAUUUUAGACUAUUCCAUAUGUAAUUAAAUCAAGCACCUAUUACCCUUCACAUUAACAACGAAGAAUGUUAAAGUUCAUAUUACCAAGAACUUGACUUAAUGCAAUGUUGAGUGAUAUCUGUUAAUAAAAAGUACAUUCUGAGAAGUCCAAUCCGGGUCAUUUGAUCCGAUAAACUGGUCAGGGUCAAAAUGUCACUUUUCUUGGUCAAAUGUUACUUUUCUGGGUUAAAUGUCACUUUUCGGUGUCAAAUGUCUCUUUUCUGGGUCAAAUGCCACUUUUCUAGGUCAGAUGACACUUUUGUGGAUCGUUUUCCGGGUCAUAUCGACCCCAAACCUAAUUGGCAAAAGUUUCAUUUUUGGCCCAGAAAAAGUGACAUUCUGACCUUGGAAAGUUCCAGGUCAAUUUGACCUGGAUUCUGGCGCAUACUGACUCGGGACUUUUUAGAAUGUAUAUAUGUACAUAUUGCCUUCAUAAUAAUGGGAGUCCUAUUAUGCAGGGAGGUAUAAAUAACCUUUAGGUGAUGGGUUGAAAGUUUGACUUUUUCUGUUAAAAUAUAUGUCGUUUAGUUUUAACCUAACAAUAAUUAUUAUAUCCUAGUAUAAUAGAUCAAAAUGCCCUUGUAUUCGAAAUGUAAUAAUAUCACAUCGUCGAAGUCUACUUGCCCAUGAGGCAAUUCUUAUACACUAUCUUACAUUCACUCGUGUAUGAACAUGCCCGAAAUGGCGCGUGGUAAGCAAUGGUCAAAGCCACAGACUUGUACAAAUCAGUUUGUCCAUAUAACCAUAAUUAAUGGAAUGUUCCAUUCCACUUGUCACUGAAUGAAAAACAACACCUGAAGGAAUCCCCGUGUGACUGUGAAAUGGAAAUUUUAUCAAACCUUGGAAUGGAACUUCUAUUUUUGCGGCGAUCGACGGCCCUGAUCAGAUGAAAGGGAUUUAUUAAGGCAUUGUGUAUAAUAAAGAAUAACUUUGGGAGAUUACGAUCAAUAUAACAAAAAUUCUUCCUCCAAAUUCCAUGGCCUUGCGGCUAAACAAUGAUGGCUCCGUAUGACAUAAUAUAGAAGGUUACAAAAACAGUUUUAUUGAAGUUUUUUCGGUAGUAAAUAUUAAGUUUUCUGUCAGGUAACUGUUUAUUUACGAUUAGGCCCUACUUGUACGUGGGAAUAAACCGGUGUACGUUUCCUGGUUUCAGUUUUAGCCUUA